AUGGGGUUCAUUAAACGUUUUCAACCAAUAAAAAAUAUGAUGAUUUGUAUUCAAAUGUUAGCAUUGAUUGAUGUGAUAAACGAGAAAAUUUUUGAAAUAUAUCCUUGUUCUGGACCAUCAAUGUUACCAACACUAAAUGCUCACGGAGAUCUGUUGGGAGUUGAUAAAUGGCAUGGAAAGAAUGGACGAGGAUGUCGAGCAGGAGAUAUUAUCGUUGCAAUUAAGCCAGGGACGACAAAUAUCCGAAUUGCAAAACGGAUUAUAGGAAUGCCAGGUGAUGUUAUUUGUAAAGAUCCUUUAAUGAGUCGUGCCGAAUUUAUUAAGGUCCCAGAGGGCCAUGUGUGGGUAAUGGGUGACAAUUUGCUUCAUUCCUUAGACAGCCGAAACUAUGGUCCUCUUCCUAUGGCACUGAUUAAAGGAAAAGUUGUUUGUAGAGUUUUACCAGAUUUCAAAUGGUUUAAAAAUGAACUUUCUCCGCUUUCUACGACUUUUUCUUAA